CUCUAGGGGCAGGAUGGUGGCCUCUUCCAGGGACUCCAGAGCCCUCACUUUUUUGAAACUAAACUUUGCCCUUUUGUAAUCUAUUUAACCAUGAGGUGGUGUCAACCAUUUUAAAAAACGUUUUCCUACCCAGGACUUCAAAGUGCACCAUCUUCUGGUCUUGGAGGCUUGUUUCCAGCACAUCAACCAGUCAUGGGCCCAUAUAAAGCAGGCACCCUGAGGAGCCAGGCCAGGUGGGCAGAGCAGCUGCUCCUGUUCCUGCUCAGUUUCAGAUAAGAUCACAUCUACCAGUCAAAUGGAAUGACAGGAAAUAAUCUUCUGAGGUCUUCAGUGCAUGUUCCUAGAGAUCAUUCUGGUAUCUAAGAUCUGGGAUCAGGCAGGAAGAAAGAGGAGUUCCUGGCACCACACAACUCCAGAGCCACACGCAGCCAGGACGUGCACGGCUGAGCCAUGGGGAACCUGCAGGGGGGCCUUUCCCAGUCUCGCCUUUGGGGCAGCAAUCUGUGCUCUCGGCAUCGGGCUUCAGUCGUGGAAGAAAGCGACCCCACCAAGAAGUGCAGUUGCCCGGUUGACCGUCCAGCUGAACCCCCCAAAUACAGUCGGCUCAAGAACUGGCAGACAGGCACCAUUCUGUAUGACACCCUCAGCGCCCAGACCUUGCAGGACAUGCCGUGCAAUGGGAAGCUCUGCCUGGGCUCCGUCAUGUUCCCCAGGCAACUGUGUGCUCAUUCGGAGGGCCCACGGUCCAGUGAAGAGCUUCUCCCCCUGGCUCAGGACUUCCUCAACCUGUAUUACCGCUCCAUGAAACGCGGCGAGUCUGAGGCCCACGUGCAGCGUCUUAAAGAGGUGGAGCAGCAGAUUGCGGAGACAGGCACCUACCAGCUGCUGGAGGCUGAGCUGAUCUUUGGAGCCAAGCAUGCCUGGCGCAAUGCAGCCCGCUGCCUGGGCCGAAUCCAGUGGAACAAGCUGCAGGUCUUCGAUGCACGAGACUGCACCAGUGCCCAGGAGAUGUUCACUUCAGUGUGCACCCACAUCAAUUACGCAACCAACCGCGGGAACCUCCGGUCAGCCAUCACCAUCUUCCCAAAGCGCAUGGCAGGCCGUGGCGACUUCCGCAUCUGGAACCAGCAGCUGGUCCACUAUGCUGGCUACAUUCAGCCAGAUGGCACCUUCUUGGGAGAUCCAGCCAGUGUGGAGUUCACAGAGGUCUGUGUUCAGUAUGGCUGGCGGCCCCCUCGCGGACGCUUUGAUAUCCUCCCCCUGCUGCUGCAGGCACCUGAUGAGGACCCCGAACUGUUCCCCCUGCCUCCUGAGCUGAUCCUGGAGGUGCCAAUCAGCCACCCUACGCUGAAGUGUUUCAAGGACCUGGGCCUACGCUGGUAUGCGCUCCCUGCUGUUGCCAGCUUGAUGCUGGAGAUUGGGGGCCUGCAGUUCCCAGCGGCCCCCUUCAGCGGCUGGUAUGUGGGCUGUGAGAUCGGCAUGAGAGACUUCUGCGACUCCCAGCGUUACAACUUGUUACAGGAGAUAGCUGAGCUCAUGGGACUGGACACACAGACGACCUCGUCCCUCUGGAAGGACAAGGCAGCCGUGGAAAUGAAUGUGGCCGUUUUGCACAGUUUCCAGCUUGCCAAAGUGACCAUUGUGGACCACCAUGCCAUUGGAGACUCCUUCAUGAAGCACCUGGAGAACGAGCAGCGGAUUCGGGGGGGCUGCCCAUCAGACUGGGUCUGGCUCGUGCCCCCUAUCUCCGGCAGCCUCUCGCCCGUCUUUCACCAGGAGCUGGUGAAUUACCAGCUCUCCCCUUCCUUCCGGUAUCAGACUGACCCCUGGAAAUUGUACAUCCCCAAAGGGAGCACCGUUACUCGAAGGAAGACCUUCAAAGAAAUUGCCAAUGCGGUCAAGAUUUCAGCUAAGCUGAUGGGCCAUGUGAUGGCAAAACGUGUCAAGGCCACGAUCCUGUAUGCCUCAGAAACUGGGAAGUCCCAGGCCUAUGCCUUGAAGCUGAAGCAGCUCUUCAAGUCCUCCUUUGCUCCCAAGGUGAUGUGCAUGGACGAAUAUGAUGUGGUUUCCCUGGAGCACGAGACGCUUGUCCUGGUGGUGACGAGCACGUUUGGCAAUGGAGACCCCCCUGAAAAUGGAGAGAGAUUUGCCAGGGCCCUGAUGGAGAUGUCGUGUCCUUAUCUUGGAGCCACUGAGCCUGAACUGCGAAAGAGCUACAAGAUGCGCUUCAACAGCAUCACCCAAUCUGACCCAUCCGUGGAUGCGUGGAAGAAGAAGCACAGGAAGUCUAGCAACACGGACAGUGCAGGGGCCCUGGGGACUCUCCGGUUUGCUGUCUUUGGGCUGGGUUCCCGUGCCUACCCGCACUUUUGCGCCUUUGCCCAUGCUGUGGACACUCGCUUAGAGGAGCUGGGGGGUGAGCGGAUGUUCCCCAUGGGCGAGGGGGAUGAGCUGUGUGGCCAGGAAGAGUCCUUCCGCACCUGGGCCAUGAACGUAUUCAAGGCUGCCUGUGGCAUCUUUUGCGUGGAAUCUCAGGCUGUCACCACAGAGGCCUUCACCAGCCCCUGCCACUGGAAGCGCAGUAGAUUCCGCCUGGUGAUCCACCCCAGCGCUCUCGAUCUCCUGGCAGGUCUGGCCCUUGUACAUAAGCGCAAGGUGGUUCCCUGCCACGUCCUCUCUGUCAAGAACCUGCAGAGCCCAGAAUCCAGCCGGUCCACCAUCCUUGUGAAGCUGCAGACAGGCAACCAGCCAGAGCUGGAAUACCAGCCGGGCGACCACGUGGGCAUCUUCCCUGCCAACAGCACAGAGCUGGUGGAAUCCCUCCUGGAGCGCAUUGAGGACCCGCCAUCGGCCAACGAGUCAGUUGUUGUGGAAACCUUGGAGGCAGGGGAGAACCCAAAGCGCUUGUGGGUCCCCAGUCCCCGCUUGCCUCCCUGCACGCUGCGCCAGGCCCUCACCUUCUUCUUGGACAUCACAACGCCCCCCAGCCCCCAGUUGCUUCAGCUCCUGGCCACACUGGCGCAAGAUCCGGCCGAGAAGGAGAAGCUUCAGCAACUCAGCCAGGAUUCCCUUCUGUAUGAGGAGUGGAAAUGGUUCCGUUGCCCCACGAUGGUGGAGGUGCUGGAGGAGUUCCCCUCGGUCCCUUUGCCGGCCUCGCUGCUCCUGACUCAGCUGCCUGUGCUCAAGCCUCGCUAUUACUCCAUCAGCUCAGCACUAGGCGCCCACCCGGGCCAGGUGCACCUCACGGUUGCCGUGCUCAACUACCACAGCCAGAAUGGAAAGGGUCCCCUGCACUACGGGGUCUGUUCAACGUGGCUUUCCCAGCUGGCUGCUGGCGAGAUGGUGCCCACUUUUGUCCGAGGUGCCCCGAACUUCCACCUACCACAGGACCCCGCAGCUCCUUGCAUACUGGUGGGGCCUGGCACUGGCAUUGCCCCCUUCCGAAGCUUCUGGCAACAGCGGCUGCGUGCCAUGGAAGCCAAAGCAGGCGAGAUGACGCUGGUCUUUGGCUGCCGCAGCUCCCACUGUGACCACAUCUACAAGGAGGAGGUCCUGCAAGCCCAGCAGAAAGGGGCCCUGGGCCAGGUCCUCACCGGCUUCUCCCGUGACCCAGAUUACCCCAAGACCUAUGUUCAGGACUUGCUGAGGAUGCAACUGGCUGGCUAUGUCUAUGAGGCCCUGUGCAAGAAAGAUGGCCACAUGUAUGUCUGUGGCGAUGUCACCAUGGCAACUGGUGUCCUGCAGACCGUCCAGCAAAUCCUGGUCAAAGAAGCGAACAUGACGCUGACUGAGGCUGGAGACAAGAUCAGUGAACUCCGGGACCAGAAUCGCUACCAUGAGGACAUCUUCGGCCUGACGUUCCGCACGCAGGAGGUAGCCUCGCGCAUCCGAAGCCAGUCGAUCUCAAAGCAGCAGCCGCAGCAGCAGCAGCCAACGUUGCACCCCUGAGGCCGCGCCUGCUCCCCCUCCUGCUCUCUGGCUGCACAGCACUCAUUAAAGUCUCCUGGGAUGAUUCAGCUCAAGCUCUGUGUUCUGUUUCUCUUGCGCCCACAUCAACCGUGCCCUUCUCUCCAAGUGGGGGACUUGUCUUCUGUUGGGGGGGGGAGAGGCCUAGAGCCACAUUUUAUAUGGGGUGGCACGGGCCUUUUAAGCUGGGAGUGGUGUCCCUUGGCAAAGAGGCAGGAGCAGAGGUGUCGGAGCGCCUGUGCCAAUGAAACGAAGAGAGCCCAGCUGGAGAGUGCAUGGCAGGCAGGACACAGCUUGGCUCUUUGCAGAAGGUGCGCACAGCGUAGCAAUUGGGCCAUGGUGGGGCUGGCAAUUAACCGUUGCUUGGAAGGCCUGCCAGUGCCUGCAGGCUGCCUGCCACCAUGGCGAGGAUCCUCUGGGAGAAGAAGCCUGAACAGGCAAGGAAGCCUCGGGGCAGAGAAGGGUGACUCUCGCACACUGUUGGGGUGGUGAAAGGAAACACAGCCCCCCCCCCCAGUACCUUUGCUUUGUCCGGGGCUCUUCACGGCAAGCCAGUUCCAUUCCCCUUCCCCUUCCCCAUCCCAGUGAACACCUGCCACAGCAUGGCAGGCACAAGGCAGCCAGUCGGAACUGGCUGCACAGUGACAUCACUGCGA